CCGUCGGGGUCGGUGAAGGAUCCCAAGAUGGCUGGGCGCAAAUUUGCUCUAAAAACCAUUGAUUGGGUAGCUUUUGGGGAGACUGUACCUGGAAACCAAAAGACAAUUGGAUAUGCCCUAAAGUCCUAGAAUGAGACCCUCCACACCAGGUUGGCUAAUCUGCCUGAGAAACCACCAGCGAUUGACUGGGCUUAUUACAGGGCCAAUGUGGCCAAAGCUGGCUCGGUGGAUGAUUUUGAAAAGAAGUAUAAAGCCCUAACUAUUCCUGUGCCCAAAGAUAAAUACACAGCCCUGGUGAACAAUGAGGAAAAGGAGGAUGUGAAGAGCUGUGCUGAGUUCGUGUCUGAAUCCCAGGUCAGGAUCCAGGAAUACGAGAAGCAGCUGGAGAAAAUGAAGAACAUGAUUCCCUUUGACCAGAUGACCAUUGAUGACCUGAAUGAAGCCUUCCCAGAAACCAAGUUAGACAAGCAGAAGUACCCCUACUGGCCCCACCAGCCCAUCGAGAACUUGUGAAGUGGGCCAGGGG